AUGGAGGUUGCGAGGAUGAUCAGCAACGGCGCGGCGGAGGUGGAUGCGAGCCGUUGGCGUUACGAGAUGGUGAGUCAGCUGGGAUCAUGCAACAGGGUGGUGGUGUUCAGCGCGAGCGGCUGCCCCAUGUGCACCGUGGCGGAGCACCUCCUCUUCAGCCUCGGAGUCGGCCCCACCAUCGUGGUGCUGGACCGCCAUGUGGAGGGACCGGCCAUUAGGGAAGUGCUCCGCGAGCUAGCAGACGAGCAGCAGCCGGAGGUUCCGGCGGUGUUUAUUGGAGGCAAGUUCGUGGGAGGCGUGGAGGCGCUCAUGGCUUGCCACAUCAACGGGAACCUCGUUCCUCUGCUCAAGCACUCCGGCGCUCUCUGGCUCUGA